AUGGAGGAGGAGGCUGCGAGGAAGAGGAAGAUGCCUUGGGCCCCCCAGGCAGCCGAGCUGAGGACGGAGAGCCCGGAGGACAAAUCCCCCCGUGAGACCCUGGUGGGAGAGGCCGUUUUGAAGGGCUCCACGGCGCAGGAAGGCAGCGGGGAGGAAAAGGGCCGGAGAUCCCCCCACAGGAGGGGCUCCAAAGCCAUCCCAGGGUGCUCUGAGGAGGAAAGAGCCAGCCUGUGCUGGGAAGGCAGCUGGAGCUUGAGCAGGAGCUCUGAGCUGGUGGUCCCUGAGCAGCCUCCCAGCAGGGAGAAGCCCUUCAGGUGCUUGGAAUGCGGGAAGAGCUUCAGGAGGAGCACUGCCCUCCUCACCCACCAUCACAUCCACACUGGGGAACGGCCCUAUACAUGUAGGGAAUGUGGGAAGAGCUUCAGUGACAGCUCCAGCCUCCGCACCCACCAGCGCAUCCACACUGGGGAACGGCCCUACACGUGUGGGGAAUGUGGGAAGAGGUUUCAGACCAGCUCCAGUCUCCUCCAGCACGAGCGGACACACACGGAUGAGAGGCCCUUCCGCUGCACCGACUGCGGGAAGGGCUUCAACCAGAACGGUAACCUCGUCGCACACCGGCGCAUCCACACAGGGGAGAGGCCCUACAAGUGUGGGGAGUGUGGAAAGAGCUUCACCCAGAGGUGUCACUUGACCAAACACCAACGGACCCACCACAUGGAGAAGCCCUUCAAGUGCUUGGAAUGUGGGAAGAGCUUCAGUUGGAGCUCUCACCUCCUCACCCACCAGCACAUCCACACUGGGGAACGGCCUUACCCGUGUGGGGAAUGUGGGAAGAGCUUCAGGACCAGCUCCAACCUGAUCCGACACAAGCGCAUCCACACUGGGGAACAGCCCUACACGUGUGGAGAAUGUGGGAAGAGCUUCAACCGGAGUUCCCACCUCUUCACCCACCAGCACAUCCACACUGGGGAACGGCCCUACACGUGUGGGGAAUGUGGGAAGGGGUUUCAGACCAGCUCAGAUCUCCUGAAGCACAAGGCAACACACACAGGGGAGUGGGCCUUCCACUGCACCUACUGCGGGAAGGGCUUCAACCGGAACUCCACCCUUGUCACCCACCGACACAUCCACACUGGAGAGAGGCCCUACAAGUGUGGGGAGUGUGGGAAGAGAUUUCAGACCAGCUCAAGUCUCCUCAGGCAUGAGCGGACGCACACGGAUGAGAGGCCCUUCCACUGCACCUACUGCGGGAAGGGCUUCAACCGGAACUCCCACCUUGUCAGGCACCGGCGCAUCCACACUGGGGAGAGGCCCUACAAGUGUGGGGAGUGUGGGAAGAGCUUUGCCCAGAGGUUUGGCUUGACCUACCACCUAAGGACCCACCAGUAAGGGAAGCCCUACCAGUGCCCCACGUGAAGGAAGAGCUUCGGCCGCUGCUUCCACCCCGAAUGAAGCCCCUGAUGGUUGAGGCAACCCCUGGAGUCCAGUGACUGUCAGUCCAUCCCUUUCGACCACAAAGGGCCAGUCCCCUUUCCCAGGGGCAGCUUCUUCCAACAGAACCCUUCUUGGGGGGUGUGUGGAGAUUCCUGCCUUGGCUGGGGACCCCCCAAGGUCACUUCUUGAGGCUGAGAGCAGAGAUCUCCCCACCAGCGUUGGUCUGGGGGAGUUCCAUCCAUCUCUAAUUAAGAAUUCUUGCUUUUGUGCCAGCUUGAGUAGAAUUUCUUCAACGAUUGCUUUAGUGUAGAGCACUGUCCUAUCUUAUCCUGUACUCCUGGUAGUUUUAGUGUUUGUAUUGUGCAGUAAAUAAUUCUGAUGAAGAUC